AAAAUAGUGUUUGGUUUAAAUCAUAAGAGAAAAUUCAGGACGGUCACGACGUUUCUCUUCUUCUUCAUCAUCCUCUUCCUCGUGUCUCUCUCUCUCUCUUAAUUUUUACCGCCGGAGAUUUUUUUGUUUUUUUUCUUUAUUUUCUGUAAAUAUAUUCCCCGGCGGUUAUAGAGGAAAAAAAAAAAAAUGAAGGGGAGAAUAUCAAAGAUAGGAAGCUAUGCGAUAUCUUCCUCCAUUAAAGACCAUCACCAGCAACCUUGCAUCUCCUGUACUACUUUCAACAUCCUCGCUCCCAUCUACAAACGUCUCUCUCCAAAGGAUCAAAGCAUCCGUGAAAGCGAUAACCGAGCGUAUUGGAUGGGGAGGAAUCAUAGAAUCAUUGAUUGGUUAUUGUACGAGAGGUCUUCCAUUAUAUGUUUGCAGGAGUUUUGGGUAGGCAACGAAGAGCUUGUUAGUUUGUACGAGAAGAGACUUGGAGACGCUGGUUAUCUCUGUUAUAAGCUUGGCCGUACCAACAAUCGUGGUGACGGUUUGCUUACGGCUGUUCAUAAGGACUACUUUAGAGUUGUGAACUCGAGGGACUUGCUUUUCAACGAUUGUGGUGACCGAGUUGCGCAGUUGCUACAUGUAGAAUUAGUGCCUCCUUACUCUCAGUAUGAGUCUCAUCAACAAGUUUUGAUCGUCAACACUCAUUUGUUGUUUCCUCAUGAUUCAACACUUUCUAUAGUAAGAUUGCAGCAGGUUUAUAAGAUUCUUCAGUAUGUAGAAUCCUAUCAGAAAGAAGUUAACCUAAGCCCCAUGCCUAUUAUGCUUUGCGGAGAUUGGAACGGAAGCAAGCGUGGACAUGUCUACAAAUUCCUAAGGUCACAGGGUUUUGUGUCUUCUUACGACACUGCUCAUCGCUACACAGACUCAGAUGCUCAUAAGUGGGUAAGCCACAGGAAUCACCGGGGUAACAUAUGCGCUGUCGACUUCAUAUGGCUUCUCAAUCCAAAUCGGUAUAGAAAGCUUCUAAAAACAAGUUGGAGUGAGGCUGUGUUUGGCAUGUUCAGGUAUCUACUGAGAAGAGCUUCCCUAACAGCUGAAGACGCUUUUGCCUUUCUGAAAACUGAUAAUGAUGGUGACUACAUUACAUUCAUGGGUUUCUGCGAGACUCUUCGACAGCUGAACCUAACGGGUCAUUGUAAUGGGCUCACCACAAAGGAGAUCAAAGAUCUGUGGACUCAAGCUGACAUUGAUGGAAAUGGUCUUGUAGAUUACAAGGAGUUUCAGCAAAGAAUAUGGAACCAGAACUGGUCAGAACAGAGAGAUGUAGAGGACGGAGAAGCAAAAGGUAGCAAAGAACAAACCGUUGGUUUCAGCGUCAAGAACGCAGUCUUGUUUCCACCUGAAGUGGAAAAAGGAAGGUGGCCAGAAAAUUACUCUCUCUCCGAUCACGCGAGGCUAACCGUUGUGUUUUCUCCCAUAAGAAUGCCUUGCUCUCAACUGGUUUCAUGACAAAAGCAUUAAACAAUAAACCUUUAGCUUCUUCCAUUUUAUCGACCCUUUGAUUUCUAGUGUAUCCUUUAGAGAGCAGAAUCAAAAGAAAGAAAGAAAGGACACAACACACAAUGGUAUUCUACAUUAUACACUGUACAGACAUGUUAACAAAAAUUUGGAAGCUUUCAUGUAAAAAGAAAUGUUGUCGUAGAGAGAUUUAUGAAGCAAGCAGCUUUGCGACUCUUUUUCUUUUC